AUGCUGGAGAACGGCUCCCUGAGGAACUGCUGCGACCCGGGCGGGCGCAGCCGCCUCGGUCUGGCGGAGAGGGAGGCGGGCGCGGCGGGCUCCCCGCGGCCCGCCUGGGUGGUGCCGGUGCUGUCCAGCGUGCUGAUCUUCACCACCGUGGUGGACAUCCUGGGCAACCUGCUGGUCAUCCUCUCCGUCUUCAGGAACCGCAAGCUCCGGAACUCAGGUAAUGCUUUUGUGGUGAGCCUAGCUCUGGCUGAUCUGGUGGUGGCCUUGUAUCCAUACCCACUGGUGCUCUUAGCUAUUUUCCACAAUGGAUGGACGCUGGGUGAAAUGCACUGUAAAGCGAGCGGCUUUGUGAUGGGACUGAGUGUAAUAGGCUCUAUCUUCAACAUCACUGCAAUUGCAAUAAACCGAUAUUGCUAUAUAUGUCAUAGUUUUGCCUAUGACAAAGUGUACAGCUGUUGGAACACCAUGCUGUAUGUCUCCUUAGUCUGGAUAUUAACAGUAAUUGCAACCGUGCCAAAUUUUUUUGUUGGCUCUUUAAAGUAUGAUCCACGCAUCUAUUCAUGCACAUUUGUUCAGACUGCAAGCUCCUAUUAUACAAUAGCUGUUGUGGUAAUUCACUUCAUUGUCCCUAUCACCAUUGUGAGCUUCUGCUACCUUCGAAUUUGGGUUUUAGUGCUUCAAGUCAGAAGACGAGUCAAGUCAGAAACAAAGCCAAGAUUGAAACCAAGUGAUUUCAGAAACUUUCUUACCAUGUUUGUAGUUUUUGUGAUUUUUGCCUUUUGCUGGGCACCGCUUAACUUCAUUGGACUGGCUGUAGCCAUUGAUCCUACAGAAAUGGCACCAAAAGUUCCUGAAUGGUUAUUCAUUGUAAGUUACUUAAUGGCCUAUUUCAACAGCUGCCUUAACGCAAUUAUAUACGGACUUCUUAACCAGAAUUUUCGGAAUGAAUACAAACGAAUUUUAAUGUCACUGUGGAUGCCAAGGCUUUUCUUCCAGGACACAUCCAAAGGAGGGACAGAUGGCCAGAAGAGCAAGCCUUCUCCUGCUCUAAACAACAAUAACCAAAUGAAAACUGAUACCUUGUAACUAUGUCAUAGUCGAUGCAAGAGUUUGACAUGGAGAAAACCAAGAAUAUGGUUGCAAUGUUCUGGUCAUUCCUGACUGCUUGUGUGUGGGGGGGGAUUCCAUCUGGAUAACACUUCAUGACUGGAAUACUGUCUUGGUAAAGCA